AUGGAGGAGAAGAAGAAGGACCUGCUCCGUCGGCUGACGAUCAUCUCGAUCCCGUUCGUGUUCGUGGCUAUCCCCUCCGUGGUGAUCAUCGUGGGCAUGCUCUCCCCGCACGCGACAGCGCCCGGCACGGGCUCGGCACCGGCUCCGCCGGGGAAGAACCACUCGGUGUCGAUGCUGAGCACGAUGACCGGCGGGCAGAUGAUCCUGAGCUGCCGCGCGGCCUUCUCCGGCAACUGGGAGUACUUCCACUACUUCAUCCUGGACCCGUACAAGCUGAGGCAGGCCUUCUUCCAGCCACAGGCCGACCCCUACGUCAUCUUCUGCAAGUGGGGGUACAUGGGCAACUUCCUCCAGAACGUGGUCGUCUUCAACAGCAGCGCCGGGUACGCGCCGCUGUGCCGCGUCGAGAACGGCGGGUGCCGGUACCUGUUCCAGGACGGGCACAUGUACCUGGUCACCGGGAAGCACAAGGGGGCGGGUGCGCCGGCGCCGGCGCCGGCCGGGCCGCGGCAGCGGCGGGAGAAGACGCUGGUCGGGGACUUGGUGCUCAGGGAGUGCAGGCACGUGAUGGGGGUGUUUCCCACCAUGUGCUGGUACAAGCCCCACGGCCACGAGUACGUCGGCAAGAUCAUCGGCCGGUGGAAAUGGUGGUUCAACUACUAG